GGACGGCUUUGGUUGUUGUUGAGGCGAGCACUAGGCAAGAAUAAGAUAGUUUUUCACUGUGAUAGAAAAGCCGAGCAUCUGGUCGUCGAUGAUGUGGGACGUGCUUUUAUAUCCUAGAAUAGAUUAGUUGUGUUCUGUGUAUGUGUCGACCAGAGAGUAGAGACAAGGAUGAAAUCCCGUUUCGCGCGUCGCCGGCAGGAGCGCGCGCGCGUCCUCGACGGCGCUGCAACGCUCGCAGAGAGGAUCAUAGCUUCGAAGAGUAAUGUUUCUUUCAGCAUCGAUGAUCCUGGCGCACCCCAUGCAGCAAAGGGAGACGACAGGGAGACUCCAAGAAAGCCAGGCCUCGUGGCGUUGAGAGAUGACUGUGGACAGAAGUAUGAAGAUGGCGACGAAGCACCAAGCAAGGAGCUUUUUAGCACUGUCAGACUUGAUUGGAGCAAGGUGCCUCCAGCGUUGGAUCCUUUCAGCGAACUGUGUGUACUUUCGAAGCCUGGGCGAGCCGAGCGCAAGCGACAGCAGCUCGAAAGCUUACUCGCUUUGCACGUAAUUCCUGCAAUAGAAAGACUGUUGGAAAAGCGUGGUCGACAUAGGGCUGCAGACGGAGAAUCAGGAAUCGCUGACCGCCCGCUUCGCGUCGUGGAUUUCUGCGCCGGUUCUGGCCACGUGGGUCUUCUCGUUGCCCACUUAUUCGGGCCCGAAAAAGUUGACAUUACUUGUGUGGAUCGAUGUCCUGGGAAAUGCGGUAUGGGCAAUCAGCGCGUUGAAGAGGCGGGACUGAAAAAUGCCCGCUUUGUUGCAGCAUCGCUUGAGGAGUAUCACGAUCUGUACAUUUACAAGGACACGGAUGUUCUCGCAGAGGAUGCUGGUCGACAUGGUAAAGGCAAUUCAAACAGAGCGAAUGCAAGUUGUACCAUAGCCACACCGAACAGGAAUAGAAGCUGGGAUCUGGCGGUCAGCCUUCAUAGUUGUGGCUUGCUCACGGACUCGAUACUGAACAUGUCAGUGCGCCGCGGAGCCAGUUUCGUGCUAGCUCCGUGCUGCUACGGUCAAAUCCGCGGGCGUGAGCGUGAGUUUUACUCCAAUCUUUUCCAACUGUCGCAGUCGGUGCCACGCAGUAGCGCUGUCCGGUCAAUCGUAUUACGGGACUGCUUGGAGGGGCUUCAACAACAAGGUGAAGUUGCUGAUGACAAUUGUGAAACGAAAAAUCGAGAGGAGAGAAAAGACCAUGAUGUUACGUCAGGGAAAAACCGCCAAAAACUUCUCCAGAAAGGGCGCUCGCGUGCAGAGCGACAUCAGCAAAAGCCCAAGGGUGACGUGGUCAACGAUGUUGCGACUUUAGAGGAGCGCAUCCGACUCUUGCAGCUCCAAGCAGCUCUGGAGUUUAAUCCUGAUAUUUGCGAGCCUGUUGUCAUCGAGGAGGAACAAAGUAGAAGCCUGCCUACUGGUACUCGUACUGAUCACCAUGUAGCUGCAGACGAUGAAGAUCAAGACUACAAGACAGUGGGAAAUAACAAGGGAAUCAUGGAGGACAAGGAGGUUCUAGCACGAGUGGAACUAGCAUUUUCGGAUAUUCUCAGUUGUGCUGAUGUCGACGUAGUUGGCAACAAUGACAAGAAAGAAGCGGAUUGGUCCUUUGAGCAAAAAGACCAUUUUUGGAAGGUGAAGCGAUGUAUGCAAGCAUCCGAUAUUGAUAGACUCUCGCAUGUCCGAGAAAGAGAUCCGCGAUAUGAAGUGAGCUUGGGUUCUCUUUUUCCUCUGUCUUGCAGUCCGAAAAAUGAAGUUCUCAUUGGGCUCGUCUUGUCGUCAAUAAGCGCAAGCGGCGGACAGCAAGAUGAAGUACGUCAAGUAAGGCGCAGUGACGGUGAUGACAUCAGUACCGCAGCCGAUGGGGGUGUUGAGGACAGUUAAUGUACCGAGGAGAAGGAAGAAAAUAAGCGCUCCUGAAGGUGAAAGCCACACGGAUGAACUGUCCCAUCAAAUGAAAACCCCUCGACUUCCCAGAGCCCAAUAAAUGAGAUGUGUCCUCUUUCCCCUUCACCUUGAGAAAAUUAUCCAAGAUGUUUUAUCACCAAAUCAACAUCAAACACAAAGAGCCAGACCAGCUGCACGCGACGCUGCUUCGAGCACC